AUGCUGAAGGUGUCCGAGUUCCCUAUAGUGCAAGUCAAGAACUUACCAUAUAAGACCACUAAUCUGGACCUUUGUAAUUUGUUUUCUCGGUUCGGAGCCUUAAGUCAAAUCAGAGUGCCUAAAGAUGAACCAGAUGGUACGGCCAUAGCAGUGUACAUGAAUUUAUCAAGUUCUCAAAAAGCGGUCAAAGAAUUGAACGGGGUCAAUUUCAGAGGUCGUUACUUGGUGGCAACAACGUACAAAGUUGAUACGAGUAGAAUCGCAGCUGAAGAUUAUUUAGUACGUCAAGAACAAGUUGCUCUCCUCAAACAACGUUAUGACACUUGA